CUGAUGCGCCUCCUGGGUGGUCCUCGCAGUGUCUAGCGAGGCUCCUGCCAAGGCCAAUACCUAGCCCAAGUUGAGGGGCAUGAAUCGGGUGCUCACAGCACGGACCGGCCCUGUUCCGGGCGCAGGAUUCAGAGCGCGCCGCGCGGGGCUGGUAAAGGUCCAGAGGGAAGCGGUGGGUUCCCCAGCUCUUCGCAGCCAAUGAGCGGGCGGCGGAGGCGGAGUUGGCGGCGGCGGAUCUCAGCGGGCGGCAGCUCUCGGUGCAUUGGAGGGAACCAUCCUGCCGUGGGAGCCGGCGUCCGCCCGCCCGCCUCUGUUACAGCAAGGGCGGCGGGGAGGGCGCCGCGGCAGAGCAUGGGGCAUGCCCGGGCUUCAUGAAGGUCCCUCCUAGGCGGUCUUCCUCUUGGGCAUGACCCAGCGCCAGAGCAUCCCUGCUCCGCGGCGGUCCCUGCGGCUGUGCGACAUGACCCAGCUGCUGCGUGCCGCAACCGGGCGAGGGAAGUGGACCAGAUCCAGCGCGGCCAAGCGGGCUGCGUGCCUGGUGGCUGCGGCAUAUGGGCUGAAAAUCCUCUAUCCCGUCCUCCGCAAGCGCCUGCAGCAGACAGCCUGCGAAAAGGGCUUGCAGGCUGCCUGCCGGGCGGGAGGGGGAGAGGAGCCGCUGCAUUGCAGCCGGAUCCGGGGCAGAGCCUCCCCGGCAGUGAAUGCGGAAUUUUUCAGGCAGCUGCUGGAACUUCGUAAGAUCCUCUUCCCGAAGCUUGUGAGCACCGAAUCGGGCUGGCUUUGCCUCCACUCGGUGGCUCUGGUCUCCCGGACCUUCCUCUCCAUCUACGUGGCCGGGCUGGAUGGGAAGAUCGUCAAGAGCAUCGUGGAGAAGAAGCCCAGGAGCUUUGCCAUCAAAUUAAUCAAGUGGCUCAUGAUUGCAAUUCCUGCCACUUUCGUGAACAGCGCCAUACGGUACCUGGAGUGCAAGCUGGCCCUAGCCUUCCGUACCCGCCUGGUGGAUCAUGCCUAUGAGACCUACUUUGCCAAUCAAACUUACUAUAAGGUGAUCAAUAUGGAUGGGAGGCUGGCGAACCCUGACCAGUCCCUGACCGAGGACAUCAUGAUGUUCUCCCAGUCGGUGGCACAUCUGUACUCCAACCUGACCAAACCCAUCCUGGAUGUGGUGCUGACAUCCUAUAGUCUUAUCCAGACCGCCAGGUCCAGGGGAGCAAACCCCAUCGGGCCUACGCUGCUGGCAGGGCUUGUGGUGUAUGCCACGGCGAGAGUACUGAAAGCUUGCUCACCCAAAUUUGGUAAGCUGGUGGCAGAGGAAGCUCAUAGAAAGGGUUAUCUACGGUACGUCCAUUCGCGGAUUAUAGCCAAUGUGGAAGAGAUCGCCUUCUACAGAGGACACAAGGUGGAGAUGAAACAACUACAGAAAAGUUACAAGGCUUUGGCAGACCAAAUGAACCUCAUAUUGUCUAAACGUUUGUGGUACAUCAUGAUAGAGCAGUUCCUGAUGAAGUACGUCUGGAGUAGCUGUGGUUUGAUUAUGGUGGCGGUACCUAUCAUCACAGCAACAGGAUUUGCAGAUGGCGAGUUAGAAGAUGGCCAUAAACAAGCAAUGGUUAGUGAGCGAACAGAAGCCUUUACUACUUCACGAAAUCUGUUGGUCUCUGGAGCAGAUGCCAUUGAAAGGAUUAUGUCUUCUUACAAAGAGGUCACCGAGUUAGCAGGCUAUACAGCUCGAGUGUACAAUAUGUUUUCAGUCUUUGAUGAAGUGAAAAGGGGCAUUUACAAAAGAACUGCUGUUGUUCAAGAGAUUGAAACCAACAGCAAGAAUGAAGAUAAAGCAGAACUACGUAUUGAUGGCCCCUUAGAAAUCAAGGGAAAAGUUAUUGAUGUUGAUCAUGGAAUUGUUUGUGAAAAUGUUCCAAUUAUUACCCCAAAUGGAGAUGUGGUGGUUUCCAGACUAAACUUCAAAGUACAGGAAGGAAUGCAUCUUUUAAUCACUGGUCCCAAUGGUUGUGGAAAGAGUUCUCUUUUCCGAAUUUUAAGUGGUCUGUGGCCAGUCUAUGAUGGUGUUCUCUACAAACCACCUCCCCAGCACAUGUUCUAUAUCCCACAAAGGCCCUACAUGUCCAUUGGAACACUACGUGAUCAAGUCAUUUAUCCGGACUCAGUGGAAGACAUGCAUGAAAAAGGAUACCAAGACCAGGAUCUGGAAUGUAUCCUGCACAUUGUUCAUCUGUAUCACAUAGUUCAAAGAGAAGGAGGCUGGGAUGCUGUGAUGGACUGGCGAGAUGUCUUAUCAGGAGGAGAAAAGCAGAGGAUGGGCAUGGCUCGCAUGUUUUAUCAUAAACCAAAAUAUGCAUUGUUGGAUGAAUGUACGAGUGCUGUAAGCAUUGAUGUUGAAGGAAAGAUAUUCCAAGCUGCAAAAGGUUCUGGGAUAUCCUUGCUUUCUAUCACACACAGACCUUCUCUUUGGAAGUACCAUACUCACUUGUUACAGUUUGAUGGAGAAGGAGGCUGGCGUUUAGAACAAUUGGACACUGCUAUCCGCUUAUCACUCAAUGAGGAAAAACAAAGACUAGAAUCCCAGCUUGCAGGAAUUCCUGAAAUGCAGCAGAGACUGAAUGAACUUUGCAAAAUCUUGGGAGAAGAUUCAGUGCUUAAAACAAUGGAUAAAGAGGAAUAAAUAUCUUAAUUUAUGUUUGAUAUUUUUAAUUAUUUUUAGUUAAAAGCUUUAUAAAUUUAACAACACUUGUUUGCAUGCAUUGUGGUAGGCUUAGAGCAUAGAAAAACGUAGUCAGCAAAAAAUAGGGCUUUAUAAGAUUUUAGCAUUUUGGUAUUAAGGAAGAAAGUAGUUUGAACCCUGAAAAGUAGAUCAGCAAAUGCACUGUGUACAAGAUUAGUCAUGAGAGCUUACAGUAAUUCCUAGUGAAAGCCCAAUUCACCUUUGUUACCAGCACAGUUAGAUGUGCUUGGUGAAUUCUUGCUUGGGAGUUGAUGGGCAGAAUGUGCUCUCAUGACAGAAUGCCCUGUGCAUAUGAUAUGCCUGCUAAACAAAGCAAAUCUGGCGGCAUGGAGCAAUGCAAGGCAGGCUUUGGGUGAGUAUGCACAUGCAUGCAAAAAUCUAGUUUGGGUACAAGGAAACAUUUUCCUGUCUAUGUGAAACUGAUCUGUUCCUCAGCUGAGCUGUAUGCAUGUUGUUAGUUGCAUUUCCCUAGGAAAUAACAACAUGACAGGCAGCCCAGAAAAUAACUGUCAUAACAGCAGCCAUCCAACUGUCCUUUCAACCAAUUAACAGGGCUUUAACAAGACAGAUAAUACACAUGUAGAGUACAGAGUGCCACAAUGCAUAAUUUAAGAAGCCUUUUUUCCUCAGGACAUGUACAUUAAUUCCUAGUAACCUUUCAAGGGAUUAUGAAUGCGAAUGCCCAUUAUACAGUAUACUCUGGUAGGCAAGGCAUUGGAUCCUGAGUCAGGAGACUCAGGUUCUGUUCCUGGCUCUGCCACUGACCUGCUGUGACCUCGAGCAAGUCACUACCCCUCUCUGCCUCAUUUCCCUAUCUAUAAAAAGAGGAUAAGACAACCCACCAGUGUAAGGCACUUUGUGAUCGAUGGAUGAAAAGACCUAUCUAAGAUCCAGGUCUUUUUAUUAAUGCACCCUUUAGUUUUCAUGAGCUACCACCCUGAUAAUAAAAAUGCCCAGCAAUUAGAGUUCUUUAAAAUGUUACAGCCCUGUGUAACCAUCAGUUAAUGCCCACAGCCCCUCAGAAAGGUGAGUAAACAUUGCUAUCCUCACUUACAAAUGGGAGAACACACAAGUUUGCAGCCAUGUUUUCAGAAGUCUCUAAUUGUAUGUGCACCUGUUUUUUACCUCAGUGGGAGCUGUGGUUGUUCUGAACCCCUUGACAGUCAGCCUAAAGGUGCCUCAAAUGCAGCAUGCUUCUGGAAACAUUGACCUUCUUAGUACCUCGCUCAAGGCCAAACAUGCAGUGAGUCAGGGUGAGAGACAGGAAUAGAUUUGAAGCGCUCUCAAGUUCCAGUUCCUCGAGAACACAGUGCCUCUGACCUUCCAGAUAAAAGGUUUGCUGCAUCCAUAUUUUACUUGACAGCAGCACAAGGGCAGAUGAGACAGGAUGAAGAGAGAGUGAAGUCCAGAAAUGUGCAAUGAUCCCUUCCCCCUCUGGUACAACAGGCCACUCAUAAUGGACAGCUCUGGAAGGUAGAAUAGGAAGGGACGGCUUUUGAAAGUGUUUAGUUUGCUUUGAGGAAGCAAGAGAGGCUAAGCAGAGAGAAAUUGGAUCUGAAGUUUGGUGGGUCUGUUUUAAAAGAAAAACAAUUAAUUGUUAGGGGAUUGCUGUGUGACCGGUGCUUUGCAGGCUGACAAAGCUCCGUUGCAAAACACAGGCGAUGUAUUAAGGCUCAGGGAGGGUUUAGGCCAUUAGCUUAGCUGUACUCACUGCUAGCUCUUCCAUGGGGUACUUCAGACUGGAGUUGCAUUGACAUUAGUCGCAGAGACGGAAGCUCAAUACGCUUGUGCUAGAAAAGACUCCAAAACGCCAGCAGUUUGCCACUGCCCUUAGCUGAGGUUUCUGUCAGGAGGAGACAUUCCUGCUAGUGCUCCACAGAGGACUCCAGCGCCAUCCUGACUGUGCCCCAUUUCUGGUAAGCGCCACCCACUUUUCACAGUUCAAGAGAGGCUGUUGUUUUGUGGCAACGCAGCCACCUAACAGACAUUUAUCUGUACCUAGAGAUUGCAGCAUCUGAGCCACUCACAAUCUGUAAUAUCCUUAGCCUCACAACACCCUGUGCAGGGGACAAGUGCAUUGUACAAAAAGACAGUGUGACUUGUUCAAGGUCCCAAAGGAAGGGUGGGAUAAGCAGGGAAUUGAACCCUCAGCGAGAUCAGCCAGCCAGCUAGCUCAGGAGGCAGGAAUGAUACAUGACCCCCCACCCCUUGUCUCUGCCUCUAUGGGCACUGCCCUUUCAGAGUCAUUUCACGCCAUGAGUGUCUAGUCUCAGCACCAGGGUGUGCAGAAGACCCCUCCUUGUCCCACAUUCUCAAAAGGUGUUUAGGCUCCUAACUUCCAUUAAUUUCUCUGGAAGGUGGGAGCCUACAUAUCUUCAAGGGACCGGGCCCUUUUGCCUAUUUUUCCCCUUGCACGCCCAUGCAGAGCUAGCCACAGCUGAGCUCAUUGGUUUAAGGAAUUUAAUGUGCUAAAAUCAUAAUGGAACCAGGGCCAGAUGCUGGAUUGUGCAGAGCACUUCUGGGUGGGCUGUGAACACCCUCAAACUCUGUUCAAAUUAAUGGAAACUCAGGGUACUCAGCACUUCACAGGAUCUGACUACUACAGGAGAAAAGGCCUUGAGCAGAAUUAACACCUUUCCCCAUUCCUGAGAUUAUAUUAUCUGGAAAAAAAUUUAAAAUACAAAUUAUCCAGCAAAACUAAUUCAUUGAAGGUCAGGGGGUUUUUUUUGUUUUAAACAUGUUUAAAAACAGUCUCUGCUCUCUGGCUAGUAACACUGUAACUGUAAUGAAUGUUUGCUUUACUGAUCAGUUUUGGUUCUAUGCUAAUUUCAUCAUUUAGGGUUGGAUUCUAUUCUCAUAGAUCAAACUCCAUUAAAAUCAAAGGGAGUUGUGUCUGCACAAGGAAAGCAGGACUGGAGAAUUUGCAAUAGUAACUUCCUCCCUAAAGCCACUAAAAUGAUUAGAAUUCUAUAAUAUCCUUUCGGUAAACUCAAAUUUAUCUUUGUGCAUGUGCAAGUCUUUUUAUAAACUUAUGUCCAGAGGUUUCAACAAUAUAGGGUAUAGAAUGUUUAUAAAGAUUAAAAUGAAUGAAUUGCUCAAUCAAUGUUGUCUUUGUUCUGUUUACAUUUGGUUUAAUGCCCUUUAAAAGCAGAUCAUUUUUAAUGCAAUAAAUUAUGCUUUACAGUUGUAAUUUAUUUCAACACCAAAUAAAUUCAUGGCAUUUGCUUUACAA